AUGAAGAGGUUACGGGUGUCACAAUGGAGCGGCCACAUGCGCCUCGUUGCUCGUCAAGGAGUUGCCGCCGCACCUAGACGGCAAGCCCUUUGUAUAUCCGCACGCUGCCAAUCGACGACAGCAACUACCGGUAUACCCAACCUCACAGACGACAUCCCCCUCGAGGGCACCCUCUCCCGCCACGAUCCUCUUCCCUCGCCGCCCCCUGCCCGAGCUCUCGAGUCGGCCAAGCUCGCCGCGCUGCACGCCCGCCUGGCGCUGCCCAAAUCGAUCCCGCUGCAGACAAUAGCCCGUGCGCUGGUGACGCCCUCAGCGGACGGCAACCAAAGCUUCAACAACGGCAGCCUCGCGGAGUUGGGCCGGUCCAUCGUCAACUACCACGUCCUCGAGUACCUCGUCUGCAAGUGGCCGCGGCUGCCCAUCGCCAUCCUCUACGAGGCGCUGCGGGCCUUUGCCGGCCGCGAGUCCCUCGAGCAGGUCGCGCGCCGCUGGGGCGUAGACGCUGCCGCCGCCCCCGGCGAGGAGGUCGACCCGGGCCUGCUGCAAUGGCAGCCCGACCCCAUUGUCGCGCCCAACUCCCGCUGGGCCUACGUCCGAGCCGAGGCGGAGCGCGGGAACAACUACCGCCGCGGCAUGAGCAGCCGCGUCGUGCUCGACGAUGCCUUUGGCGACACCUACCAGGCGCCCGGCGAGGGCGAGCCCGGCCGGGCCAAGAUGCAGGCCGCCGCGUACGCCUCGUUCGUAGAGGCCGUCGUCGGUGCCAUCUACACCCACGCCGGCGCCGAUACCGCCAAGACGUUUGUCAAGUCCCACAUCCUAUCGCGCGAUAUCGACCUCAGCCGGAUGUUCCAGUUCCAGCUUCCCACGCGCGAGCUGGCCAUGCUGUGCGCUCGUGAGGGCUUCGAGCCGCCCCGCGCGCGCCUGGAAAGUGAGACGGGUCGUCGCUCGCGGACGCCCGUCUUCAUCGUCGGCAUCUACAGCGGCCAGGAGAAGCUCGGCGAGGGCGCCGGGGCCAGCCUUGACGUGGCCCGUCGCGUGGCGUCGAUGAAUGCUCUCAAGGCUUGGUACAUGUACAGCCCGGGCAACAAGGUCCGUGUGCCGAGUGACAUGACCCUGCCCGACGCCAAGCCCUGGAAAGCACCACACAUUGAUAUCGGCGAGAUCAUCUAA